CAUCAUAUUCGGUCCGAUCCAAAUGUUAAUCAUGUCAAUUUUUUAUUAGUAUUUAUAAAUCAUGAGACCAAAAUUUUGGCCCAUUAUAUUCGAUUUGAUAUUGGUCGAGUCUCCAGUCCAAUGGUCGGUUUGAUAUGCGCGGUCCAAACCGUUCCACACGCUAUGCGCACCUAAUCAAGGACGCAGCCCUCGUAUAUAUUAACCAGAAGACUUCUCAAUUAGGUUUUUUAACAAACGCUUUUCUGCAUCGGUUCUUGCGACUCUCUCUAGAACUCUCUGUUCGUUUCUUCGCCGCUAUCUCUAUACAUCAUGGCUCGCCGGAGCUCUGGAGGUAGAUCUGCUCCUAGGGCAGCUCCUCGUCGUCCAGCACCUCAACCAGCAAAUCGAGCUACUCCUCCUGCUGUUGCUCAGAGCAGUGGUGGCGGCUCAUUGCUUGGAGGGAUUGGCUCCACCAUCGCUCAAGGGAUGGCUUUUGGCACUGGGAGUGCAGUGGCCCAUAGGGCUGUUGAUGCUGUGAUGGGGCCCCGUACUAUUCAGCAUGAAACUGUUGUCGCUGAGGCUGCUGGUAUCCCUGCACCCACUGCGAGCAACAUGUCUGUUGACGGGUGCGGUAUUCAUUCCAAGGCUUUCCAGGAUUGCCUGAACAGCUCCGGCAGCGAAAUCAGUAAGUGCCAGUUCUACAUGGAUAUGUUGGCCGAGUGCAGAAGGAACUCUGGUUCUGGGUUGAGCGCCUAAAUGCUCUUUCUUAUUGUCCUCUCGUCAGUUGUCUAUUUGUGCACCUUGAGGGUGAAACACGAAGUAUGUCUUUUGCUAUUUGUUGAGAUACUAUUUAAUAACGGCAGACUUGAGUAAGGGAGCCUGAUGAAUUAGAUCAUUGAAGGAUAUUCCAAUUAUGGUUUCGUAGUUCCUUUCCUUCAGAUUGAUUGGUCUCGCUUACGCGUCAAUGGUUUGGUUCCCACUUGUAGUUCUGGAUAUAUUUUGUUUCGGUCUUCGGAAUUUAUCAAUAUUGAACAAAAUAUAAGAUCGAAGACGAGAUCAACUUGGAUAAUGUCUGACCGAAUAUAGUCACGGUCUUAUU